AUGAGUGAGCAGGCGCAUUACAAUGUUCGCCAGAGUGCGUCCCACGCCAAAUCAAUAGGAAUUACGCAGCGCGCCACACCACUGCGAUUCCCAUGGGUGGGCGACUUGCGCGUGAGAUUCUCGGAUUUUCAAGUCAAUGAGAUUGGAAAAGACGGAGUUGUUGUGCAUCUACACAAGAUUGGGCUGAACGGUCAAGAUAGACAGGUAAGUGGACUCCACAAGAUGAAAACAGAUGCUGUUCCAGCGCAAGAGGCCGAUACACCCAAGGAGCAGCAAGAGGCUUCCGACAAGGCUGAUAAUGUCGAUGCCGCCGAUGCCAAUGAUACACCUCAAGAGAAGGAGAUUAUAGAAGUCCCCGCAGAAGAUGUCACGGCUCUCAGCAACCUAGCUGGUGAAAAGUUUGCGCAAGAGCUCGUCAAUCUGUUCCGCGACAGCCAGGUAGAGGCUUCAGAAAAGAAGAAGCCAGUUGUCUCCGAGCCGGUCGAGGACAAGUUCAAACGCGGUGAAAUUCACCAGGAAAUCCGACGAAUCUUCAACUCCAGGAUAGAAACCAGCACGGACGAUGCUGGCGCCAUUAUUGCAAGCUUUUCGGCACCCACGCGGAGAGGCAAACGAGGCCGAGGUGGGCGCAAUCGCAACCGGAACAAGCAAGAUGACCAGCCGAUUGGCGAGUAUCUUCACUUUUCACUCUUCAAAGAUAAUCGCGACACCAUGGACGCUGUCAACCAGAUUGCUCGUAUCCUCAAGGUGAAGCCUCAGGUAAUCAAUUAUGCGGGCACCAAGGACCGACGAGCUUCUACAGUCCAGCGCUGCUCCGUUCGAUACACGCGGGAUAGAAGCCUCGCAGGUAUCAAUGGAAAGCUCUGGGGCAUAACAACAGGCGACUACGAGUACAAGUCGGAGCCUAUCCAUCUGGGAGAGUUACUGGGUAACGAGUUUGCCAUUACCAUCAAAAACUGCCAGAUUGUCGGUGAGGCCAGCGCCAGCCCUGUUUCCGAACAGGUCGAUUUGAUGCGUGCAAAUGUUCAGUCUGCAUUGGACCACAUGACAGAGCAUGGAUGGAUUAAUUACUUUGGCCAUCAGAGAUUUGGCACCCACCAAAUCGGAACUCAUGAAGUUGGAAAGCUGAUCUUGGGAGAGAACUACGAGGGUGCCAUCAACGCCAUUCUUGCCUAUGACGAAGAGAUUGCUCAAAAGGCAGAAACAGAGGGAAUCCCCGACGAGCCGGCCAAGAGGGAUGAAUAUAGUCGCCACCUUGCCUGCAUGCUGUUCAAGACUGAAAAAGACGUCGAAAAGGCAAUCGAGAUUAUGCCCAGAAGGUUCUCGGCCGAAGUAUGCGUCCUGCGACAUCUAAACAGGCAAGGCAAGCAGUCCAGAAGAGACUUUGUCGGUGCCCUCAUCCACAUCACCAGAGGAUUACGAUCAAUGUACCUCCACGCAUGCCAAUCCCACGUGUGGAACCACGCUGCGAGCAGGCGAUGGGAGCUCUACGGCGAAAAGGUCAUCAAGGGAGAUCUUGUCAUCAUUGAAACCGAGGCCACCCCCCAGGUCAGCGGCCAGGACCAGGACGGCGACGACAUCAUCAACCCAGUCGAGGACGACGACGACGUUCCCUUGCGCGCCAGACCCUUGACCGAGGAAGAGGCAUCCAGCGGGAAGUACACGGUGCACGACAUUGUGCUCCCCACGCCGGGCUACGAUGUCAUCUACCCGGACAACGAGAUUGGCGAAUUCUACACGGAAUUCAUGGGCCGUGAGGAGAACGGCGCGCUGGACCCGCACAAGAUGCGCCGCAUGCGCCGUGAGUUCAGCUUGCCUGGACGGUACCGCAAGCUCAUGAAUCGGUUCCUUGCCAAGCCCUCCGUCGAGUUUAAGACGUAUAUGAGCGACGAGGAGCAGAUGCAUCCUACCGACCUGGACCUCAUCAGAUCCGCUCGCAAAACUGGCGGCGGCAACAAACGCUCUCGUGACGAAGGCGAUGACGCGAGACCGAGCAAAGUGGCCAAGGUGGAAGGAGAAGAAGUCCAGGGGGCCACUCAGAGCGAGGAUGCUGCCAACGAUGCUGCAACCGGCGCUGAAAAGACUGAAGAAGCUCCAGAGGCGACAGCCGCCGAAGAAGCCAUGGAAGUAGACCAGCCGCUCAAAAUCGCCGCAGUCAUCAAGUUCCAGCUCGGCAGAAGUGCCUACGCCACCGUCACGCUGCGAGAACUCAUGGGAGAUCCCCCGGAGACUAACGCGGCUUAA